GCGAGGAGGGUGGGGGCGGCGGCCCGUUCUGUCUUGUCUUUCAGCCCGAAGUGGUGCUGCUGGCAGAGUGGUGAUAGCUCCCCAUCCCCCUCCGAAUCGCUUACUUCUCACCUACCCCUCCUCCCGAUAAGGCCAGAGCCAAAGGCCCGCGGCUGCUGGAGGAACUGGGAGACCCCGACGGGGCCUAAGGUGCCGGAGCUGCUGGAGGGCCCGAGGCGCAAAGCCCGCCCCUUCGCCCUGCCCCAUCGGCGGGGACCGGCCCAGAGGGCGGGAGUGGGGAGGGGAGUAGAAGGGGGUCCUCCGCGACGGUCCAGUCCCUCCCCUUUCUCCGCCCGACACAAACUGGGAGCCGCCUCUAAGGUCCAGAUCUGUCUUCCCCGCCGCGGAGGACCGGACCCACCGAGGCAAAGCCAUAGGAGAAGACUCCGCCCUUCCAGCCGCCGCGAACUAGAUCCCUUUGGGCCCACUAGGUAGCCAACUGAUGCUAGCUACCGCUCAGGGGCAGUCUAGAAAGGGAAAAAGAGGAACGCAUGCGUACCAAGCCCCUAGUCUUUUCCCGCCUCCGAAAGACUACCCGAGCCGUAGUGGCGCCUGAAAUUAUAGAAAGAAGAAAGAAGUGUUUACCUUAAAAGUUUAGCAGAGCACAGGAAAAAGCAAUGAAAAAAGGAAAUGGCAUUCCAGGAUAAUUCCUAAAUAGUGCCUGGAAUUCAAUUUUAAAAUAACACUAGUCUGAGCAGACUCCCUCCUAAAAAGACUUCUGGGAAGUGUAGUCCUCGUGAAGCUACGAGAGAGUUGUCUUAAGCGACCGAAACUACAUCCUCCAGGAGGAAGCGCGGCGUUGCCUAGGAAGCCGACUGCCUAGCGUUCCAACGGCUCUCAGGAAGUGAGGGCUUGGUGGUGGCGAAGACCUUGAUGAGCUUUGGAAGAUUUCUCUACGCUUCUAUUUGAGAUAAUGAAUGCUGAAUUUAAGCACAGUGUGAUAGGAAGCUAUCGUAAACCUCCAGAUAAAAUAACUAACCCUUCAUUUGCAUAUUGUGGAGCAGUACCUCAAGAUCAACUACCUAAGAAGUUACAACCCCUUUCUACUCCAAACAGCCAUGCUCUUUUAUUGGCUCUGAAAACCCUUCAGGAUAAAAUUCAUCAACUGGAGUUAGAGAGGACACAAGCUGAAGAUAACCUGAAUACUCUUUCCCAAGAAGCUGCAUUGUAUAAAAAAGCUUUGCAGAAUGAAAAUAAUGAACGAGACUUGGCACAUCAGGAACUGAUAAAACAGAGAAAAGAUAUAAGCGCACAGCUCAGUGCUGCCCAGACUCGCUGUUCUAUUCUAGAGAAACAACUGGAACUCACAAAGAAAAUGGUUUUUAAUGCAGAGCAAGAAAAGAUUUUGGCCCUAGAACAUCAACAGCUACAGUGGGAAAAGGGUCAGGAUCAGAUGAAGUUGAAUGCAAAACUUGAAAAACUUGAAGUCUUAGAAAAAGAAUGUGUCAGACUGACAACAACUCAGAAGACAGCUGAGGAAAAAAUUAAACAUUUAGAGCAAAAACUUACUGAGGAAGAACAUCAGCGUAAGCUAAUUCAAGACAGUGCUGCUCAGCUUCAAACUGGACUUGAAAUCAAUAGAAUUUUAAUAUCUUCAGUUCUACCUUCACAACAAACCAAGAAAAAGAAAUCCACAAAGGUAACAGUAUAA